UCACUUCCCUCCACCAGUCCACAGACACAGCCACGAAUUUGCAGUGUACGCAGUUCUAGUAAACAAGAACCACAUUUCCUGAGGGUGUACGAUCAGUGAAGCGUUUGUGCAAGAUGGAGUACCAGGGCCAGCACGGUCAGGCGACAAACCGCGUGGACGAGUACGGCAACCCGGUGGCCGGACACGGCAGCACGACGGCCGGCAUCGGCACCGGCGCGGCCGCCGGCGGGCAUUUCCAGCCUUCGAGGGAGGAGCACAAGACCGGCGGGAUCCUUCACCGCUCCGGCAGCUCCAGCUCCAGCUCGUCUGAGGACGAUGGCAUGGGCGGAAGGAGGAAGAAGGGGAUCAAGGAUAAGAUCAAGGAGAAGCUCCCUGGUGGUGGCCACAAAGACGGGCAGCAGACCACGGCGACCGGUGGCACCUACGGGCAGCAAACAGGCCAUACUGGGGUUGCUGGCACCGGGGCGCAUGGCACCGGCACCGGCACCGGCGGCACUUACGGGCAGCAUGGGCACACCGGGGUGACCGGAACUGGGACCGACGGCACCGGCGAGAAGAAGGGCAUCAUGGACAAGAUUAAGGAGAAGCUGCCUGGCCAGCACUGAGCGCCUCGCAGUCGCAGGUUGCCUAGCUCGACUUGUGAGAGUUGAGCUACGUAUAGUACCAGCUGGCCACCCUCUGAGAAUAAUAUACUGUAAUAAGAUGAAGAAGAAUAAAAUUCCCACGAUCACAUGUACUGUUAUACUGAGAGUAGAGUCUGUACCGUGGGAUUUAUACCGGACGUCGUUGUGUAAAUUUCCUUUUAAUUUGUUUGAAUCGUGAAUCGUAUAUGUAUGUUCACAUGUACACUGUGUUCUUCUGUUCAGAACUUGAGAUAUAUUUUAUCUA